GACAAUUAUUUGAAUCGCGACGCACCGGCCAUCAUCACCGACGCGAUGGACUCAUGGACGGUCAUGAAUACCGACUACUUCUGGUUCGACAAUAUUACCCACCUUUACUUGGAGAACGAGCGGUUGAUGGAGACAGUACCCUGCGCCCUGACCUCCAAUCUGCGUACCGGCUCGUCCGACCUCGCGGCGUUUCUACGACGCGUGCACGCGCCCGAGGUGGCCAAGUGGUUCGUCCACUGGCAGAACUGCGACAUCAAUGCCGUGAAGGUGCUCAGAAAGUACUAUCAACGACCGUACUUCCUCUCCAGCACGGUCUCGCCGGCGCAUUUCAAUUGGGUUCUAAUGUCCUCGGACUACAACAGCCCGAGCUACAAGAAGGUCGAGCUCGACUCCGGUCUGAUCGCCCUCGCCCAGCUUCGCGGCGCGACUCAGCUGCGUCUCACCCCGAUAAAUCCCUGCAACAGUUCGUGUCCUGAGCUGAUCGCCGAUCUGCAUCAGGGCGAGAUGCUCGUUUUCACGAACUUGAUGUGGACGCUCGAGUACGCACCGAUGCGCGGCCUGGACAACAUCGCCAUACUCACGGAAACCGUCUGGGAGGAAGAUACGUAGAUUACGUCGUCCUGAGGAGAUCGUUUCUAUCGUCACGCAAAAUAUCCUUAGCCCCACAAUACUCUUCGACGUGACGGCUAUAUGUCGAUUCGAUAUAUUGUAUACUCAUGCCCUCAUUACGAUACGUAUUAAAUAAAAAUUGAACAUUCUGGUUUC